GGUCUUACUCGCCUUGGCCCAUCCAUCAAAAAGUCGAGACGGAACGAUGGCCAAGGGUAAGGCUAAGUCGGUCAUCAUCAAGCUGCUCAGCGCUGCCAACACUGGCUUCUUCUACACGACGCGCAAGAACCCGCGCAACAUGCAGAAGAAGUUGGCCCUUCGCAAGUACGACCCGGUCGUCCGGCAGCACGUCUUGUUCAACGAGGCCAAGAUCAAGAAGGGUUAAACAGCAUGUACACACACAAGUAGAUCGAGUAGAGGAGAAGCAUGGUAACUCGCCAACAAAGAGCGCGCUGCUUGCUGCGUCGGUGUCUUCUUCGGUCUGCCCGACCUCCAGGC